GAUGAAUACAGCCGCGACGCCUUCAAAUCAAUCCUACGGAAGCAACCUUCCGGAUCAGGUAGAACUGAUCGCAGAUGUAUCGACUAAGCAGCUUGAACUCCUGAGUGAUGUCCGUGAUUUGUACCGAGAUCGCGCCGCAUUAGAGCGGGAUUAUGCAGUCAAGCUGCAAGCUUUGGCGAGUAAAGCAAGCGAGAAGAAGAGCAAGAAUAUAACACCCCUUGUGCUUGGUACCGAACCUACGAAAGCCUGGGACGAGAAUGUCAUCCAGAGAAGUUCCCUCAACAAUGCAUACGACCAGCUCAUAUCAUCCCUCAAUGAAUCUGCUGAAGAUCAUAUUACCCUGGCCGAUGGUCUGAACUCUAAAGUAGCGGACGCUCUAAAGACGACUGAGAGUAAACAUGCCGAACUGAAGAAGAAGCAAAUGCAGUUCUUCCAGAAACUUCUUACCGAGAGAGACAGGGUCUACUCUGAACGUGCCAAGAGCAAACAAAAGUACGAUGAAGAAUGCAUGGAGCUGGAGGCCUAUCGUCAGAAACAGGGCCGUGCCCAGGACGACCGACACGCUGACCGCGCAGCCCGACAAUACGAACAGCAGCAGAACGACAUGCUUAAUAGUAAGAACAUAUAUCUCGUGUCCAUAGAGAUUGCCAACAAGGUCAAGUCGAAGUUUUACAACGAAGACUUGCCGGCCCUGGAAAAUCAAUUUCAGAAUCUCCAGACGCAAUUAAUCAACCAGUUGACGGAGAUCCUCUCUCAAGCCCAGGACCUUCACGUAGCGCACCUGGAUGCCUUAAAGGGUCGAAUAGCGAACGUGCAGGACCGCUUGAAGAAGGUCGACGCGAAACGUGACCAAGAUCUCUUCAUAGAUCAUAAUAUCCGGCCGUUCGCACCUCCUUCUGACUGGCAGUUUGAGCCUUGUAAGAGCCACUACGACACGGGGGAUCUGAGCGUGGAACCAGGUCCGAAGGUAUUUCUACAGAACAAACUGAGUAAAUGCCGGGGAAAACUGCAGGAACUCGCCCCAUUACUAGACACCAAACGGAACGAGGUCGAGCGGUUCUCGAAAUUGGUCACGGCGUACACGGACGACGCUUCUCUCGGCAACACGGGGGACGUACUUGACAGCUAUCUAGACGCGCAGCACCAACUGACUUCCUACGCCACCUCUGCGUGCAUCCUGCAAGCAGAGAUCGACACGAUUGUAGGAGCUCUUGGAGGUGACGAGGGCGCUCAACAACCUCAUUCAUUCAAGAAUUCUUCCUUCUCUAUCCCUACUCAAUGCGGGUACUGCAAGUCUUCAAUAUGGGGGCUGAGUAAGCAAGGAAAAACAUGCAGGCUAUGUGGUCUAUCGGUCCACUCCAAAUGCGAGCUUAAGGUCCCUGCCGAGUGCACAGGGUCUCGGGAAGGUCGGCACAGAAGCUCUGCGUCUAUCUCGAGAAUAUCAACGAUAUUAGAUCGAUCCCGGAUAGACGCACCUCAAACCCCGACGGCAUCUUCAUUCGUUCAAUCAGAUUCUUCGGCACAUGCAGAAGAAGCCAACUGUCCCGUAGCCAAGGUUCUUUUCGAGUUCUCCGCUUCAUCCCCGUUUGAGCUGAGCGUGGACGAUGGAGCUACGGUUCGGGUGCUUGAAGAAGAUGACGGCUCUGGUUGGGUCAAGGUCGGCGACACAUCGGGUGGAAAGGGACUUGUCCCCGCGUCCUACAUCCAGUAUCUUAACUCUUCCGAAUUGGACGAGAAUGGGCCGCAGGCGAACUCUGCUUUAUCUGUAGGAGAUUCACAGAAAUAUGUGAAGGGGAUCUACGACUAUGCUGCGCAGGGAACGGAUGAGCUGGAUAUUCGGGUGGGAGAGCUCAUCCAGUUAACUUCAGGACCGUCUGGUGGCCAAAAUUAUGCCGAGGGGUGGUGGGAAGGUAUCGACUCAACAGGAAAGACAGGAAUUUUCCCUAGUAACUAUGUAGAAGUCGUUUAG